AUGAAUUUAAAUGAACGAUUAAAAUAUUAUGAAAUUAUUGAAAUAAAUCGACGAAUUGAAAAACGAGGCAUUGUGGACAAUAAUAUUUCAUACAACAAACAACAACGAUUAACAUUUAGAGCUUUUAAUCGUUUUUUUGAUAUCUAUCUUACACCAAAGAAAGGCAUUCUUCAUACAAAUUUCAAAUGUCGUGAAAUAGAUGGUUACGGUUAUGAAAAGUUAUGUACGGUUAAUCCGGAUGAAUAUUUUGGUGGACAUUUACAUGGUGUUGCUAAUUCGAUUGUAGCAAUUAGUUACAGUGAUGAAGGCUCAUUAUUGGGUACCGUACAAAGUGAUGGUGAAAUUUACAUUUUUGAACCAGCAAAAAUUCAUUUUGAAACAGCUCAUCCAUGGCAGAUUUUAGCUUAUCGAAAUUCAGAUUUAAAAUUAAAUUUUGAACUGAAUAAUAGAUCAUUUUGUUCAUCAAUUUUAAUUGGCAAUUCAAAUAAUAUCACAUUUUCGCAAUCAAUGCGAUUUAAACGUUUAUCAGCAUUACCAACAACUAAAAAUCGAUGUUCUUUACGUGUUGUUGCGGAUUAUCGAUUUUUUCGAACAAUUGGAAAUGGUAGUCAAGCUUUCUCUGCUAGAUAUUUGAUAAAUGUGAUCGAUCGUAUUAACACAUUAUAUACAGUAACUGAUUGGGGUAUUGAUGAAGAUGGCAGACGAUUGAUUAAUAUGGGUUUUAUGAUAAAAGAAAUGAUAAUUCAUACAUCACCUACUGUUAAUCAACCAAAUCAUUAUAAUUCAAAUAUUAAUGAUAAACGAAAUGUUAAAGCUAUUCUUGAUAAUUUUUCACGAAAUCAAGGAUCCGAUAAAUAUUGCCUUGUUCAUUUGUUUACAGCACAAUCAUUCGAGAAUGGUGUCCUUGGCUUAGCAUAUAUCUCAUCACCUGAACUUGAUGCAGCUGGUGGAAUAUGCUCAAUACAGAAUAGAGAUGGAUUAGGUGUUGUUUAUUACAAUACUGCUCUCUCAAGCACAAAAGCUACCCAUGGUGUCACCGUGGUAUCACGUGAAGCAGAUAUUGUAACAGCUCACGAAUUAGGUCAUAACUGGGGUGCAACACAUGAUGAUUUAUCAGUGGAAUGUUCACCACCGUACAGUUUAGGUGGUUCCUAUAUUAUGAAUACUUUUUCCGUUUCCGGUUAUGAUGAGAAUAAUAAUCGUUUUUCGCCAUGUUCGCGACGUCUAAUUGGAAAAGUUUUAUCACGAAAAGCAAAUAUAUGUUUUGAACCUGAAAUGAAUGCAUUUUGUGGUAAUGGUAAAGUUGAAAAUGAUACAAAUGGUUUUGCAGAAGAAUGUGAUGUUGGUAGUUUACUAUCCGGAAUUACUGAUCAAUGUUGUACAUCAGAUUGUCGUUUUAAACCGAAUGCAAUUUGUUCACCAAAAAAUAGUCCAUGUUGUUCAAGUAAUUGUCAAUUUCUUCCAUCAACUCAUCUUUGUCUUCAUGAAAAUCGAUUUCAAUGCAAACUUUCUUCAUAUUGCACGGGCAAUUCAGGUGAAUGUCCAGAACCUGGUUUUGUACAAGAUGGUACACCAUGCAUUGAAGAUGGUGAAUGUUUGAAUGGUCAUUGUCUUACAUUUUGUGAAAAGCCAUCUGUCAACAAAAAACCGUGUAUGUGUAGUAGAGAAGCAGUUGCAUGCUUACGUUGUUGUCGUUCUGAAAAUGGUACAUGUGAACCAUAUAGUUAUGAUCCUAAAUAUAUUUUAAAAGAUGGUACUCGUUGUAUUCAUGGUACAUGCUUACGUGCUAUUUGUAUUAAAGAAGUUGCUGAUGUUAUUUCUCAUUUUUGGUCUAUCAUUGAAAAUAUUGAUGAAAAGAAUUUUUGGAAAUUUGUUGGUGACAAUUUGGUUGGUAUCAUUGCAGCUAUUGUUUUGAUUAUAUGGAUUCCUGCAAGUAUAAUUAUACAUAAAAUAGAUAAAGCACGUGAAAUUGCAGCAAUUAAUGAAAGUGAAAAUCGUAUUGAAAUUGUUGGAGAAAAAUCAAUUUACAAAUAUAUUAUUAAUUCAUAUUCUGAAGAAGAUGAUAUUGAUAGAAAUUCACGAUAUUAA